AUGCCCAUUCCAUGCCAUAAACAUUUUGUAGACGAUCUUAAAUACAUCAAAAGAAAAAAUAUAGCCGAAAUAUUUGAGGGACUUUUAGGUUACGUUUAUUUCGAAAAGCCGCAAAACGUAGUGGAGUCGUUAAUUGCACAGCUGAAAAAAUUAGAGAAGGAAAAUAACUUCAAAAAAGUGUUCGAUGCGGAAGACAUAAAGGCAGUGUACAACUUUUUAAAUUUACAAAAUGAGAAAUGUAUAUCUAGAGAAAAGUGCAUCCUAGGCCUGAGUCAAUUCGUGCUAAACAAUAAGCAGAGGGAGGUUAUGGAAAGUGAGAAAAUCGCCAGCGACGUCGACCUAGAAGUCUUCACUUCUUACGCGUUAGAAAAGAAAAAGUGA